GACAACAAACUUAGUUGGCCGCGUGCGUGCGUACAUGUAGCUUGUGUUGCGAAUUAUUUAAAAAAAAAAAUUAAAGUCUACGUUCGCGGCAAAAAUCGACUAUAAUGAAUUUUAUAUCCCUCGUUGUUUGGACAUUAGAAAGUAAUUGUUUUAUAGUUUACACUGUGAUGAUAGUGCUUUUUGUUGCAUUUACAAUGUUUCAUAAAAAUAGAUUGGAAGAAAAUCAAAAUAGAAUUGGCUUGAAAAAGAAAUUCGCGAACAAUAAUGGCGGCAGAGAACGAGAACAUCACGAUGAUGAAGAUGAUCCUGACUUUCUGGUGCCCGCGUUUCCUGAAGAUACUCCACACAUUCCUUACAAACCUCCUAAGAGGCCCAUGGAAGACGUUCUCCGGAGAUCCCUAGAUUAUUACGAACUUAUGGCAAAGAGAAGAACAGUAAGGAAAUUUAGCACUGAGCCGAUACCACAGGAAGUGCUGGAUAAUAUUGUAAAGACAGCAGGUACGUCUCCAUCCGGUGCUCACACUGAACCUUGGACAUUUGUAGUCGUACAGGAUCCAAGCACAAAAGAAGCUAUCAGAGGCAUCGUGGAAGAAGAAGAAGAACAAAAUUACGCUAGAAGAAUGUCUAGGCAGUGGGUGACAGACUUGAAACCCUUUGCAACGAACCACAUAAAGCCUUACCUCUCUGAAGCACCAGCUCUUAUUCUAGUCUUUAGACAGAGUUAUUCCUGGCGAGCUGAUGGAAAGAAAAAGAUGCAUUACUACAAUGAGAUCAGUGUGGCGAUAGCAGCUGGAUUUUUAUUAGCAGCUAUUCAGUAUUGCGGUCUUGUAGCCCUAACGUCCACACCUCUGAACUGCAACGCUCGUUUAAGAGACCUCCUCUCUCGACCGGCUAACGAACGGCUGGAACUGCUCCUGCCGGUCGGCAGACCGCACGAGGAAGCCACUGUACCAGAUUUAAUAAGGAAAGAUUUACAUGAAAUCAUGUUUAACGUUUGAUCAUAUACAUAAUAAAAAAAUAUCUGAAAAUUGCUCAUUUGUAAAUACAAUUAAGAUUAAGAAAUAAAUAUUAAUUUUGUUA